ACUACACCCAGAUCGCACCCUUCCAAGUUCCAAUUCCAAAGUCUCAACUGUCCCCAACUAACACUCAUCAGUCCUCCACUCCUCGUCUUCUCCGCCUACUCCCCCCUUUUCUUUCCUCCCUUCCUCCUGCACAUUUCACGCUCUCAAAAUAAUUACAAACUCAUCUUUCUCUCUCCUCCCACUACCUUUCGUUACCUCCAAUGGCGGCUUCUCUCACUAAAUUAUCUCCCUCCAAUUGCAAUUCCAAUUCCCCUACAAUUUCCUUCUCAUCUUCUCUCUCAUCCUCUUCCACCUCUCUCCAAUGGCGUCCUUCCACCGCACUCCCUCCCAAACCCCGCCGAAAGCCCGCCAAUGUAUCAGCCAAAAUCCGCGAGAUCUUCAUGCCUGCACUCAGCUCUACAAUGACCGAGGGAAAGAUCGUUUCGUGGUCCAAAUCGGAGGGCGAUGUUCUUAGUAAAGGCGAAUCGGUUGUCGUUGUGGAGUCCGAUAAAGCCGACAUGGAUGUCGAAACGUUCUAUGAUGGAAUUCUCGCCGCCAUUGUUGUCCCUGAAGGUGAAACUGCACCUGUUGGAGCUCCUAUUGGUAUCUUGGCUGAAUCCGAGGAAGAAAUUGAUGAGGCUAAAGCUAGGGCUGCCAAAUCAGGAUCCAAAUCGGAGUCUCCGGUUUCAUCGGAAACUCAAAUUCCGGUGGAAAUUCCGGAGGCUGUGGCUGCUCCACCGGCGCCGGCGGAAGGAGGGAGGAAGGGAGUGGCGACACCGUAUGCGAAGAAAUUGGCAAAGCAGCAUAAGGUGGAAUUGAAUUCUGUUAAGGGGACAGGGCCAUUUGGGAGGAUCACGCCGGAAGAUGUAGAGAAGGCGGCUGGCAUUGUGAAGCCGGCGCCUGCUAUUGCUUCGCCGUCUUCUGUUGCUUCUUCUACUCCGCCUCCGCCUCCACCUGCUGCCAAGGUUGGUAGUGUCAGUGGUGGUAGUUUUACUGAGAUUGAGGGGUCGUCUGUGGUGCCGUUCACUUCAAUGCAGGCGGCUGUAGCGAAGAAUAUGGCGGAGAGUCUGUCGGUACCUACUUUUCGGGUUGGGUAUCCAAUAGUCACUGAUGCACUUGAUGCUCUUUAUGAAAAGGUUAAGAAGAAGGGGGUGACGAUGACGGCUUUGCUAGCGAAAGCUGCAGCAAUGGCGCUCGUUCAGCAUCCUGUGCUGUAUGCUACAUGUAAGGAUGGGAAGAGCUUUACUUAUAAUAGUAGUAUAAACAUUGCUGUUGCAGUGGCAAUCAAUGGUGGAUUGAUCACACCUGUAUUGCAGGACGCAGACAAGUUGGAUCUGUAUCUGUUAUCACAAAAAUGGAAAGAACUGGUAGAGAAGGCUCGUUCGAAACAAUUGCAGCCUCAAGAGUACAAUUCAGGUACUUUCACCCUGUCCAAUUUGGGCAUGUUUGGGGUAGACAGAUUUGAUGCUAUUCUUCCUCCAGGCCAGGGAGCCAUUAUGGCUGUGGGAGCAUCAAAGCCUACUGUUGUUGCUGAUUCCGACGGUUUCUUCUCAGUGAAGAAUAAAAUGCUGGUGAAUGUCACAGCUGAUCACCGGAUCAUCUAUGGUGCCGACUUGGCUGCUUUCCUCCAGACCUUUUCAAAUAUCAUCCAAAAUCCAGACAAUCUAACAAUGUAGAUCACCAUAUGGAUCUCCAAAUAUUAUUGUUACUAAUUUGCAGCCUAAAAGUUAAUGCGUGACUGAAGCAGAAGAGCUUUUACUGUAGCCACAGAUCUAGAUCAUGGCUGGAGUACUUGCCUAGGCUACAUCAGAAUUUAGAUAUACCAUCAGAAAUAGUGUUGUGUUGUACUUACUGAAAUAAGCAGUUUCUUUGGUUUUGAUAGAUUCUUUCUUUAGUUUCACCAUAUUUCAAUCAGUUUUACCACCCCGCUGUUUCUGAAAUUGGGCAAACAACAAUUCAAGCUGAAAGCUUCUUUGUAUUGUUAGGUUAGUCUGUGUUCCUUGUUCUCAUCUAAUCAAUUAUUCCUUUGUUACAUUAGUAUCACAUUGAAACUGGAAAAACUAUGCUCAGAGAUUCAAUUAUAGUAGGUGUUGGUAUCAAGAUUCUGUAUAAGCUUAAAAUAGAGCUUUGCUCUUUUCUUUGUUGGUGAAAUAUAGCUCUAUUACCAAA